UUUAUCAGUGCAGGCCAGCUGGUUAUAACAUGCACUCUUCUCUGAGAGCAACAGUACGAAGCACAGUUAUCUCCAGAGGACCCUCAGAGCUAAAGUUUGGUAACCAUGAUGGGGCUUUUGCUCCUGUGUCUGCUCCUGAUGUUUGGAGGUCAGAGGUCAUCAGCAUGCCCUCACCCUUGCUACUGUCAUGGCAGUCAGGUGGAUUGCAGCAGCAGGUCUCUCACUUCCCACUCCCUGCCUACCAGUUUCCCUUUGGGAACCACUGAGCUCCGUCUCCAUGACAAUCUGCUGACCACCCUCCCUAACGGGCUACUGGAUGACCUGACUUCCCUCCACUCGGUCUCUCUUCAUGGUAACCCCUGGGUGUGUGACUGUGGUGUCCUUUACCUGCGAGCCUGGCUGCAGCGUCAACCAGCCAGUCUUACAUCACAUGUAGGGGUCAACUGCAGCUCCCCUCCCAGCCUAAAGGGACGGUUGGUUGCGUAUUUAACUGAAGAGGAGGUGCUGGAGUCCUGCCAGUACUGGUACUGUAACCUGGCCGUGGCCUCACUGGUGAGUCUGUUUGUGUUUGUGGUGGUGCAGGCAGCUCUGCUGGUGGCUCUCAGCAUUUUCCUGAAGAGGUUUGAGAGGAUGUCCAAGGAGGCGAGACGAACCACAGAGGAGAGCUUCACAGUUGGAGAAGAUCACAGGGAGAACGAGUAUGAGCAUUUAAAGGACAGCAGCAUCUGAGAUGGACUUGCAACAUUUAAAGAGCUACACACUGGAAAGAAAAUGUUACUGUGAAAAUAGUCUGAAUUAAUGAGUGGAGAAACAGAAAAAUAAAUUAAACGAUUGAUAUACACGACUAGAUUAAAGUCCAAUUCCAUAUGGGACAUUUGAGAUAGUUAAGAUGCUCUAACAGGCUCAUCUUUAUACCUUAUGUGUUUUGUCUUUCAUUUGCAGCACAUGAACUCUCAUACAAUAAAUCACUAUAUAAAAUAGAAAAAUAUUUAAAAUGGUCCAAACAAGAGCCUGACUAAUGUUAUUAUUCUUGUUUAAUUGUAGUCCCAAUAUUUUUUUUAUAAAAACUCCAUAAGUUUGACUCUUAAACAGUGUGACCAAAACAUCUACUGAGCACAUGAUAAGUUUUGUUUUUACUGUAUUUGGUUUAUAGAGUGCUUAAACUACUGCAAAUACUUGGUGAUUGCUGUUACUAAUUUGUCUUUGUGAACAAUAAAAUCUUUGUACGUA